AUGCUUCUCGGGAGUUUAUUUUUCAUGACUUUACUCAUUUCUCAGAUUACAGAAAAGGUGAUACUUGGAGUAGAGGGUCAAGAAUUGGUUUACCCUAAAAAACUUCCUGUGGUACAGAAGCGAGAUGUUUGGCACACCCAUGACUAUGACACUCAGGAAACUUAUGAAGAAGAAUUGUUGUAUGAAAUAAGUCUAAGUAGAAAAAGCUUUAUACUUCAUCUUUUAAGAUCAAGGGAGUUCCUAGCCUUGAAUUACAGUGAAACCUACUAUUCCACAAAAGGAGGGGAGAUCACUAGGCAUCCUCAGAUCAUGGAUCACUGUUUUUACCAAGGAUCCAUUAUACAUGAAUAUGAUUCUGCUGCCAGUAUCAGCACAUGUAAUGGUCUGAGGGGGUUCUUCAGGGUAUACGACCAAAGGUAUCUCAUCGAACCAGUGAAAUAUUCAGAUGAAGGAGAACAUUUGGUGUUCAAAUAUAACCCGAAGAUGCAGUAUGCUGCCAAUCACUCUUGUACAGAGCUCAAUUUUACCAGGACAACUGUUCCAAACAAUAAUAGUAAAUACAUGGAGGACAUCAAAAUGGGAGUUAUCCAUACAGAAAAGUAUGUUGAACUAUUCAUUGUUGCUGAUAAUAACGUGUAUCACAGGAAUAAACAUCACGGUAAACUGAGGAACCGAGUUUGGGGAAUGGUCAAUUUUGUCAACAUGAUUUAUAAAACCUUGGACAUUCAUGUUACAUUGGUUGGCCUUGAAAUGUGGACAAAUGGAGAUAAAAUAGAAAUAGAUUCCAAUAUAGAAACUACUUUAUUGCGUUUUUCAGCUUGGCAAGAAACAAUCCUUAGAAAAAGGAAGAAUUUUGAUCAUGCUUUGUUGCUCAGUGGGAAGUGGCUCUACACGAAUGCUCAAGGAACUUCUUAUCCAGAGGGCAUGUGCCUACCCUAUUAUUCCUCUAGUGUUGUUAAGGAUCUUUUACCUGAUCUAAAUAUAGUUGCAAGCAGAAUGGCACAUCAGCUGGGGCAUAGUCUUGGCAUGCAGCAUACUGAUUACCCAUGUACCUGUACUUUGGGAAGAUGUGUGAUGGAUGGUAGUGGAAGCACCCCUGCACUAAAAUUCAGUAAGUGCAACAGAAUCCGGUACAUGCAAUUCCUGAAGGAUUAUAGGCCAACGUGCAUGUUUAAUGCUCCAUUUUUUGAUAAGUUCAGUGAUUCCCCAUACUGUGGAAACAAAAAGUUGGAUGAUGGAGAAGAAUGUGAUUGUGGCCCUGUUCAGGAGUGCAGUAAUCCUUGUUGUGAUGCGAAGAAGUGUGUGUUGAAGCCAGGAUUUACUUGUGCAGAAGGAGGAUGCUGUGAGUCUUGUCAGAUGAAAAAAGCAGGAUCCAUAUGCAGACCAGCAAAAGAUGAAUGUGAUUUUCCUGAAGUGUGUACUGGCCACUCGUCUGGAUGUCCCAAGGACCGAUUCCAAGAAAAUGGGUUCCCUUGCAAAAAUGCAAAAGGCUACUGCUUCAUGGGGAGAUGUCCCACCCGGGAUGACCAGUGCUCUGAAUUGUUUGAUAAUGGAGCUAAAGACAGUUCUGAUAUCUGCUACCUGAUGAAUAAAAAAGGAAACAGAUUCGGAUACUGCAAAAAUAAGGAAAACCGAUUAAUUCCCUGUGAAAAGAAAGAUGUCAAAUGUGGAAAGAUAUACUGCACCGGAGGGCAGCACUCAUCUGUCCUUGGAGAAGAAAAGACCUAUUACUUUAAUAAAACCCCAAGGCAGAAUGUCACCGCUGAAUGCAAAACUUUUUAUUUAUAUCACAAUUCUAAAGAUUUGGGCCUGGUUGCUCCUGGAACAAAAUGUGGCGAUGGAAUGGUGUGCAGCAAUGGUGAAUGUGUGACUAUUGAAAAUGCCUACAAUUCAACCAGUUGCUCCUCUCAGUGCAAUGAAAAUAUUGUGGAUGGCAGUGAACUCGAGUGCCUGUGUAAGGAUGAACAGGUAUCUGUGGACUGGGAAGAAAGCUUAAAUGUUACCAAUCUCUCCAUUCUGGUUGUCGUGCCUAUCCUGGUUGUUAUCAGUAUUGGGAUUAUCACAUUAUUAAUUCGUUCCCAAAAAUGUAUUAAACUGAAGCUAGUUCAGAGCCCACCCAGAGAAACACUGGGAGUGGAGAAUAAAGGAUACUUUGGUGAGGAGCAGCAGACAAGGACUGAGCCAGUCUUACCUAAUAUUCAUCCGCUACACAAACCGGCAAGUAGAGAUUCAAGAGGACUCACAGAUCCUAAUCAAAUUGCCAACAUGCUGUAUGCAAUUAUUUUUUCAUUCGCUGAAAUAAUGGUUUCAAGUGCUAAACGCAAACUUAAUGAUUCAAUUAAAUAA